AUGCCUAAAGACGACGACUUCAGCGACAUUCCGCACGAGCGCAGCGAGCCGCGCCCGGACUUCAGCAAGCAGCCAUUGCCGCAGAAGAAGCUGCCGCCUUCCAUCCAGGAAACGCUUGACGAUGAAGAGAAGCUAUGGGAGGCAUUGUAUGAGGGCCACACUGGCGAGUCCACGGACUCCAACAUCCGCUAUGCCGCCUACGCCUCGCGCGUCCGCACCAUCCUCAUGUCGGCGCACCGUUAUGUAGCAUACACUUCAGACAUCGGGGAGUCCUUCCGCCCCAUCGCGCACCCGUACAUGGUCAAAGGCGCCUACGGCGUCUCGUGGGCGUACUUGGUCGGCGAUGUGAGCAACGAGGGCUACAAAGCGUAUCUGCGCAACCAGCGCACACUGUGGGGCGAAGACUACGACAAACCCGUUGUCGGCUCCGACAAGCUCGCCGCACAGCAGCCCGACCAGACGAAGCUGGGGCCCGGUAUCAUCGGCGGCGACCAGAAGCAGCCGAUUGGCAAGGUCCCCAUACUCGAGGAUUACCGGACCGUCAUGGCUCAGAGGGCCAUAUUCCAAGGCCUGGCUAGUAUGGGGUUGCCUGCCUUCACCAUUCAUAGCACCGUAAAGUAUUCGGGCAAGGCACUGAAGAAUCACAAGAACCCGAAGAUCCGGACUUGGGGCCCGAUUGGCCUUGGUCUAGCUGUCGUGCCUUUCUUACCUUACAUUUUCGACGAGCCGGUGGAGAAGGCAGUGGAAUGGACUUUCCAUAAGACCUUCUCAGCGUUGUAUGGUCAUGAAGCGGUGGCUGGCGUGCCGGUAACGGGCCAGCAAGAACUGCGUGAUGCCCAGUCGAAGGCUGGUGCAAGGAAAGAGAAAGAAUUGUAG